AUGAUAGUGUGGGUGCACCUCCCUGCCCUGAAAAUUCAUUUCUACGACAAAGAGAUCCUGACCAGCUUGGGGAAUCUCAUUGGAAGAACAAUCAAGCUUGAUUACCAUACCCUCACCCAGCAACGUGCAAAGUUUGCUAGGCUAGCGGUCGAGGUGGAUUUAGGUAAACACCUGGUGCCCCGGAUUUGGCUGGAUGAUGAAAGGCAGAAGGUGGAAUACGAGAACCGACCAGAAAUUUGCUUCCAGUGCGGGAAAAUUGGGCAUGAUCGGAGUAUUUGCCCGGAUAAUCAACCAGCACCUAUGCUGGCCUUUCCGGAAAUUGGAGAAUCUCUAUCGCUACACAGCUUGACGAUCUCACCGGAGUCGGCCUCAGCAACGUCGUCGGCGCACAGCAAUCCUGGCUUUGCGCCAUGGAUGUUGGUGACUAGGAAAAGCCGGAGGAUUUCCAAGGAAGAUCCUCGAAAAGGAAAGUUGUAG